AUGGAAAACCUGGGGGUCGAGUCGGAGCGGCGUUCUCGGAUAUCAAGAAAGGGUCUCAGGGGAUUGAGAAAGGUAAGUAAUGAGUAUGACAAACUCAGGAGCUUUGCCAAGGAGAAGAGGCUGGUGGGGGAAUAUGUCAACACGAGGUACGAUGCAGUGGCUCAGGAUCCAGACUUGGGCCAUUUGCUGGGUUUACUCUACAUCCACCAGCACUGGGAUCUCUUCCAAGAUUUCAUCUCCGACGAGGUUUUCCAGACUGCUCGCCACAUCCUCCAGGACCCAUGCAGCCCUCAACUCGCUCGACGUUUCCUGGACUCAGAAGAUGCGACUCAAAGGAUGGCUGUCAGUGAUGCUUUGCUGUCUGAUCGCUUUGCUCAGCGCAAAACGAUGGAUCUUUCAAGUGAAAAGUUUGGUGAACGAGCUCAACCCGUUUACGAGGCCCUCUCGUAUGAUAUAGUCAAACUUGUUGAACGGCAGUCAUCACCAAGCUACGGCAAACUCAGCUACCAAGAGCUGGAGCUUCUGCUCUGCAGCAUCAAGUCCGAACCAUUUAUCGAGGACUUGCUUGUGCCUUGCCUUCUUCCAGACGUUCUAACACACCGGGAGAAAGUGGAAGAUGCGGUCGCGCAUGCUCGGCUCAUGCUGCUAGAAGCAGAGGCGAAUAUUUUCUAUGGCUGCUCCUUCAACUAUGCUGAACUCAAAGGAGCAGCAAAGGCUUCAGUAACUGAGAAACAAAAGCUCCAUGACAGUAGCCAGCUACUCUGGUACAUGCUUCGCAAUCCUUCUCCCAUAGACAAGUCGUUCAGGUGCUUUUACCUCGAGGCAGUGCUACAUUCAACGACGCCCGGGAGGGUCAAAGUGCUGACCCCGGAAGACUAUCCGGACACAGUCCCUCCUGAGUUUCAAGAGGACAUUUCUGAAAAAGAUCUGCGCGUGUUUCGCAUCAUUCCUCAUGGAACUUCGUUCGGCUCAAAGUCGAACGUGGUUUUUGCAAGACUGUGUGACUUUGACCUCAAGAGCAUCCUGUUGGGGGAGCCCGUGGCCAGGGAAAGGGUGUGCCAAGCUCAUAUGCUUAUCGACAAGAUCUGGCCAACUCCAAAGGAGGUGUACGAGGCUUUGGUUCAGAGUGUCAUGGAAGGUCCCAGCAGCGUGAGGCAGGUUUCCAAGAGCAAGAGGAAUGCCCACCACCGAAGGCCCUCUGUUGUGUGCAGAAGUGCUGCGGACAGUUUCCGAGAAUCUGGUGGCCAUAGCCUGGAAGAUGGCGAGCCUCAGAUUUUCAAGAAAAAACGGAGGAAAGCGAACGAUUCAGGAGCAACAAAACGCUCAAAGUUGAUGAUGAAGCAUCAAGCGCCAGUAUGCUGCCCUGCUCUACGCACAUGAGGUCGGCAGCACACUGGUAGCAAAUUGGCAUACUCAGCUUUAAAUGUGGUACUUCGAGUUUCUCACAACCUAGGUGAAAUAGCCUGCAACUCGUGCACCAGUAAAUCUUUGUGCUGUCGAAGAGGACAAUCGGUGAAAGGAUUGACAAGUUUAUAGAAGGUUGUAAAUUUUGACGUAGUUUGGGCUGGUU